AUGGCAGUUGGUGCCAUGGACGUGACAGUCGAGGCGCUGUUCCGCUCACUCGAGAUCUCUGAGCUAUUUUUGAGUGAGCCGUGUGCAGACGUAGUUAACAAAGAAGUUCCUGAAACAUGCUCGAACCAAAACGAAACCCUGCCAAACACACCUGGGCUUCUCACCUGUGAUUAUACUGAAGACUGCAGUGGGAUAGAAUGUUGCAUGGUCGUAGACUUCAAGAUCGUUACCAGGACUUUCAAGCUUUGGUUUAAAGUGGACACCAGUGUGUAUAGCCUGUCAUUAGGAUUCGGCAGUGUCACCUGGACUCCCAGCAUCUUCACUUUCCCCUGGGGACUACAGCAGUCUCAAACUGUAGGCGAUGUGUUGAAAAUCAGAUACGCUGUGGAUAAGAUUGGUAUCGAGUACAAGACUAACCUUGAAGUGGACGUCAAUAUUGAAGGGAGAUAUCUAAGCAUCCCCAUAUUAAAUGGGCACAUGUUCCAGGAACCUACACUAGACUUGAGCAAACCAUUCUCCUUGCCAGGUUCGUCAGUGUCUUCCUUCCUGUCAGAUGUAGGCUACAGUGCAGGAAACGCCGUGGCCAACAUAACCCAACAGGCUGUAUUCCGUCAUUACGGCAUUUUUGAUUUCGUUGAUUUAACAUGUGACAUGGCAGCUAUCACAAGCACUACUAGCUGCCCUGACAUCCCCCUACAAGAGCGUGAUGGUGUACGGUGCGCAGUUAACCAGGACUGCUCUGGAAUCCAUUGUUGUGUGGAGUUAGACUUGCUGGUUGCUCAGAGGUCCUUCUUGUUGACUUUCAAAGUUGACCCAGAUGAUUUUGAGUUCCACUUCAGUAUCGCAAAUAAAAACUUCAAUGUCAGCCUGUUUGGUGUACCCUGGGGACUUCAACAGGUUGCGUCUGUUGGGAACAUCUUCAAACUGGCGUACAAGAUGGACAGUUUUGACUAUGGAAGACAGUUUCAAGUAGAUUUCAGCGUUUCUAUUACCAUCGACAACAUUCAACAAGAUAUACAGCUCUUAGAGGGAGUGCAUAUAAUCACCCCAGCCAAGAACUCCAAUGGUCCUGGUAAUGCAGAGCUGCUUUCUUUUGGAGAUAUCCUGGCAACCAUCAAAGAGCUGCCAUCUACAUUACGAAAGGAACAGAUUCUUCCAUUUGUGGCAUCAGAACUAGGAAUGGAAGUAGAUGACCUCAGAUCGCCAGAUGAGUGGGCUAUAGAACUGGAUGCUGAAUCUGUUCCUGAUUGCCCCUUGGCAGACGUAUCUAAAAAUGCAUCUUCAUCAACAAAGGGAAUGAUUAAGUGUGCCCCACUCUCUUACUGCCAGGGUAUCAAGUGUCAUGUCAUUCUUGAUCUCAAAGUUGUGCAACCAAAGAUUCAGUUCUCGUUUGAGAUUAUGCCAUGUUUUCCUAACUUUGGGCUGAGAUUGAAUCUGGAGAAUAUGCAGAGAAACAUCAAGUUUGGCAGCACUUAUGAUAUCAGAGAAGACUAG